AUGCUGUCUUCGCAAGCUGUGCUGUCCUCUUGGCUGUCCUCUCAAGUAGAGCUGUCCUCUCAAGUUGCGCUGUCCUCUCUAGCUGAGCUGUCCUCUCAAGGUGAGGUGCCCUCUCAAGUUGAGCUGUCCUCGCAAGCUGUGCUGUCCUCGCAAACUUGGCUGUCCUCGCAAGCUGUGCUGUCCUCGCAAGCUGUACUGUCCUCGAAAGCUGUGCGGUCCUCGCAAGCUGUGCUCUCCUCGCAAGCCGUGCUGUCCUCACAAGCCGUACUGUCCUCGCAAGCUGUGCUGUCCUCGCAAGCCGUGCUGUCCUCACAAGCCGUGCUGUCCUCGCAAGCUGUGCUGUCCUUGCAGGCUGUGCUGUCCUCGCAAGUUGAGCUGUCCUUGCAAGUUGAACUGUCCUCUCAAGUUGAGCUGUCCUCUCAAAUUGAGCUGUCCUCUCUAGUUGAUCUGUCCUCUCAAAUUGAGCUGUCCUCGCAAGCUGUUCUGUCCUCACAAGCUGUGCUGUCCUCGCAAGCUGUGCUGUCCUCGCAAGCUGUGCUGUCUUCGCAAGCUGUGCUGUCCUUGCAAGCCGUGCUGUCCUCGCAAGCCAUGCUGUCCUCGCAAGCUUUGCUGUCCUCUCAAGUUGAGCAGUCGUCUCAAGUUGUGCUCUCCUCUCAAGUUGAACUGUCAUCUCAAGUUGAGCUGUCCUCUCAAGUUGAGCUGUCCUCGCAAGCUGUGCUGUCCUCGCAAGCUGUGCUGUCCUCGCAAGCUGUGCUGUCCUCGCAAGCUGUGCUGUCCUCGCAAGCUGUGCUGUCCCCGCAAGCUGUGCUGUCCCCGCAAGCUGUGCUGUCCCCGCAAGCUGUGCUGUCCGCGCAAGCUGUGCUGUCUCCACAAGUUGUGCUGUCCCCGCAAGCUCUGCUGUCCCCGCGAGCUGUGCCGUCCUCGCAAGCUGUGCUGUCCUCGCAAACCGUGCUGUUUCUGCAAGCCGUGCUGUCCUCGCAGGCCAUGUUGUCCUCGCAAACUUGGCUGUCCUCGCAAGCCGUGCUGUCCUCGCAAGCCGUGCUGUCCUCGCAAGCCUUGCUGUCCUCGCAAGCUGUGCUGUCCUCGCUAGCUGUGCUGUCCUCGCAAGCUAUGCUGUCCUCGCAAGCUGUGCUGUCCUCGCAAGCUGUGCUGUCCUCGCAAGCUGUGCUGUCCUCGCAAGCUGUCCUUUCCUCUGAAGCUGUGCUGUCCUCGCAACCCGUGCUGUCCUCGCAACCUGUGCUGUCCUCGCAAGCCGUGCUGUCCUCGCAAGCCAUGUUGUCCUCGCAAGCUGUGCUGUCCUCGCAAGCUGUGCUGUCCUCGGAAGCUGUGCUGUCCUCGCAAGCCGUGCUGUCCCCGCAGGCCGUGCUGUCCCCGCAAGCCGUGCUGUCCUCGCAAGCCAUUCUGUCCUUGCAAGGCGUGCUGUCCUCGCAAGCUUUGCUGUCCUCGCAAGCUGUGCUGUCCACCCAAGUUGUGCUGUCAUCUCAAGUUGUGCUGUCAUCUCGAGUUGUGCUGUCCUCUAAACUUGAGCUGUCCUCUCAAGUUGAACUGUCCUCUCAAGUUGAGCUGUCCUCUCAAGUUGAGCUGUUCUGUCAAGUUGAGCUGUCCUCUCAAGUUGAGCUGUCCUCUCAAGUUGAGCUGUCCUCUAAAGUUGAGCUGUCCUCCCAAGUUGAAAUCUCCUCUCAUGUUGAGCUCUCCUCUCAAGUUGAGCUCUCCUCUCAAGUUGAGGUGUACUCUCAAGUUGAGCUGUCCUCUCAAGUUGAGCUGUCCUCUCAAGUUGAGCUGUCCUCGCAAGCUGUGCUGUCCUCGCAAGCUGUGCUGUCCUCGCAAGUUGUGCUGUCCUCGCAAGCUGUGCUGUCCUCGCAAGCUGUGCUGUCCUCGCAAGCUGUGCUGUCCUCGCAAGCUGUGCUGUCCUUGCAAGCCGUGCUGUCCUCGCAGACCGUGCUGUCCUCGCAAGCCUUGCUGUCCUCGCAAGCUGUGCUGUGCUCGCUAGCUGUGCUGUCCUCGCAAGCUGUGCUGUCCCCGCAAGCUGUGCUGUCCUCGCAAGUUGUGCUGUCCUCGCAAGCUGUGCUGUCCUCGCAAGCUGUGCUGUCCUCGCAAGCUGUGCUGUCCUCGCAAGCUGUGCUGUUUCUGCAAGCCGUGCUGUCCUUGCAGGCCAUGUUGUCCUCGCAAGAAUUGCUGUCCUCGCAAGCUGUGCUUUCCUCGCUAGCUGUGCUGUCCUCGCAAGCUGUGCUGUCCUCGCAAGCUGUGCUGUCCUCGCAAGCUGUGUUGUCCUCGCAAGCGGUUCUGUCCUCGCAAGCCGUGCUGUCCUCGCAAGCCGUGCUGUCCUCGCAUGCUGUGCUGUCCUCGCAAGCUGUGCUGUCCUCGCAAGCUGUGCUGUCCUCGCAAGCUGUGCUGUCCUCGCAAGCUAUGCUGUCCUCGAAAGCUGUGCUGUCCUCGCAAGCUGUGCUGUCCUCGCAAGCUGUGCUGUCCUCGCAAGCCGUGCUGUCCUCGCAAGCUGUGCUGACCUCGGAAGCUGUGCUGUCCUCGCAACCUGUGCUGUCCUCGCCAGCUGUGCUGUCCUCGCAAGCCGUUCUGUCCUCGCAAGCCGUGCUGUCCUCGCAAGCUGUGCUGUCCUCGCAAACUUUGCUGUCCACUCAAGUUGAACUGUCCUCUCAAGUUGAGCUGUCCUAUCAAGUUGAGCUGUCCUCUCAAGUAGGGCUGUCCUAUCAAGUUGCGCUGUCCUCUCUAGCUGAGCUGUCCUCUCAAGUUCAGCUGUUCUCUCAAGUUGAACUGUCCUCUCAAGUUGAGCUGUCCUCUCAAGUUGAGCUGUCCUCGCAAGCUGUUCUGUCCUCGCAAGCUGUGCUGUCCUCGCAAGCUGUGCGGUCCUCGCAAGCUGUGCUGUCCUCGCAAGCCGUGCUGUCCUUGCAAGCCGUGCUGUCCUCGCAAGCCGUGCUAGCCUCGUUGGCUUUGCUGUCCUCGAAAGUUGAGCACUCCUCUCAAGUUGGGCUCUCCUCUCAAGUUGAACUGUCCUCGCAACUUGAGCUGUCCUCUCAAGUUGAGCUGUCCUCACAAGCUGUGCUGUCCUCGCAAGCCGUGCUGUCCUCGCAUGCCGUGCUUUCCUUGCAAGCCUUGCUGUCCUCGCAAGCUGUGCUGUCCUCGCUAGCUGUGCUGUCCUGCCAAGCUGUGCUGUCCUCGCAAGCUGUGCUGUCCACGCUAGCUGUGCUGUCCUCGCAAGCUGUGCUGUCCUCGGAAGCUGUGUUGUCCUCAGAAGCUGUGCUGUCCUCAGAAGCUGUCCUUUCCUCGGAAGCUGUGCUGUCCUCGCAACCCGUGCUGUCCUCGAAACCUGUGCUGUCUUCACAAGCCGUGCUGUCCUCGCAAGCCGUGUUGUCCUCGCAAGCUGUGCUGUCCUCGCAAGCUGUGCUGUCCUCGGAAGCUGUGCUGUCCUCGCAAGCCGUGCUGUCCCCGCAAGCCGUGAUGUCCCCGCAAGCCGUGCUGUCCUCGCAAGCCGUUCUGUCCUUGCAAGACAUGCUGUCCUCGCAAGCUUUGCUGUCCUCGCAAGCUGUGCUGUCCACCCAAGUUGUGCUGUCAUCUCAAGUUGUGCUGUCAUCUCGAGUUGUGCUGUCCUCUAAAGUUGAGCUGUCCUCUCAAGUUGAACUGUCCUCUCAAGUUGAGCUGUCCUCUCAAGUUGAGCUGUUCUGUCAAGUUGAGCUGUCCUCUCAAGUUGAGCUCUCCUCUCAAGUUGAGCUGUCCUCUCAAGUUGAGCUGUCCUCUCAAGUUGAGCUCUCCUCUCAUGUUGAGCUCUCCUCUCAAGUUGAGCUCUCCUCUCAAGUUGAGAUGUACUCUCAAGUUGAUCUGUCCUCUCAAGUUGAGCUGUCCUCUCAAGUUGAGCUGUCCUCGCAAGCUGUGCUGUCCUCGCAAGCUGUGCUGUCGUCGCAAGUUGUGCUGUCCUCGCAAGCUGUACUGUCCUCGCAAGCUGUGCUGUCCCCGCAAGCUGUGCUGUCCUUGCAAGCUGUGCUGUCAUCGCAAGCCGUGCUGUCCUCGCAGGCCAUGCUGUCCUCGCAAGCCUUGCUGUCCUCGCAAGCUGUGCUGUCCUCGCUAGCUGUGCUGUCCUCGCAAGCUGUGCUGUCCUCGCAAGCUGUGCUGUCCUCCUGUGCUGUCUCACAAGCUGUGCUGUCCUCGCAAGCUGUGCUGUCCCUGCAAGCCGUGCUGUCCUCGCAAGCCAUGCUGUCCUCGCAGGCCGUGCUGUCCUCGCAAGCCUUGCUGUCCUCGCAAGCUGUGCUGUCCUCGCUAGCUGUGCUGUUCUCGCAAGCUGUGCUGUCCUCGCAAGCUGUGCUGUCCUCGCAAGCUGUGCUGUCCUCGCAAGCUGUGCAGUCCUCGCAAGCUGUGCUGUCCUCACAAGCUGUGCUGUCCUCGCAAGCUGUGCUGUCCUCGCAAGCUGUGCUGUCCUCGCAAGCUGUGCAGUCCUUGCAAGCUGUGCUGUCUUCGCUAGCUGUGCUGUCCUCGCAAGCUGUGCUGUCCUCGCAAGCUGUGCUGUCCUCGGAAGCUGUGUUGUCCUCAGAAGCUGCGCUGCCCUCGGAAGCUGUCCUGUCCUCGGAAGCUGUGCUGUCCUCGCAACCCGUGGUGUCCUCACAACCUGUGCUGUCUUCGCAAGCCAUGCUGUCCUCGCAACCGGUGCUGUCCUCGCAAGGCGUGCUGUCCUCGCAAGCCGUGCUGUCCUGGCAAGCCGUGCUGUCCUCGCAAGCCAUGCUGUCUUCGCAAGCCGUGCUGUCCUCGCAAGCUGUGCUGUUCUUGCAAGCCCUGUCCUCUCAAGUUGAGCUGUCCUCUCUAGUUGAUCUGUCCUCUCUAGUUGAACUGUCCUCUUUAGUUGAGCUGUCCUCUCUAGUUGAGCUGUCCUCUCUAGUUGAGCUGUCCUCUCUAGUUGAGCUGACCUCUCAAGUUGAGCUUUCCUCUCAAAUUGAGCUCUCCUCUCAAGUUGAGCUCUCCUCUCAAGUUGAGGUCUCCUCUCAAGUUGAGCGGUCAUCUCAAGGUGAGCUGUCCUCUCAAGUUGAGCCGUCCUCGCAAGCUGUGCUGUCCUCACAAGCUGUGCUGUCCUCGCAAGCUGUGCUGUCCUCGCAAGCUGUGCUGUCCUCGCAAGCUGUGCUGUCCUCGCAAGCUGUGUUGUCCUCGCAAGCUGUGCUCUCCUCGCAAGCUGUGCUGUCCUCGCAAGCCGUGCUGUCCUCGCAAGCUGUGCAGUCCUCAGAAGCUGUGCUGUCUUCGCAACCUGUGCUGUCCUCGCCAGCCGUGCUGUCCUCGCAAGCCGUGCUGUCCUCGCAAGCCGUGCUGUCCUCGCAAGCCGUGCAGUCCUCGCAAGCUUUGCUGUCCACUCGAGUUGAGCAGCCCUCUCGAGUUCAGCUGUCCUCUCAAGUUGAGCUGUGCUCUCAAGUAGAGCUGUCCUCUCAAGUUGCGCUGUCCUCUCUAGCUGAGCUGUCCUCUCAACUUCAGCUGUUCUCUCAAGUUGAACUGUCCUCUCAAGUUGAGCUGUCCUCUCAAGUUGAGCUGUCCUCGCAAGCUGUUCUGUCCUCGCAAGCUGUGCUGUCCUCGCAAGCUGUGCGGUCCCGUAAGCUGUGCUGUCCUCGCAAGCCGUGCUGUUCUUGCAAGCCGUGCUGUCCUCGCAAGCCAUGCUAG